ACGAUGUUGGGGAUGUCAGCUCGGAGCCUGGCCAAAGGCAGCGCGCCCCCAAGCCCGGUCCCGGACGGCCUGAUCCGCGUCUACAGCAUGAGGUUUUGCCCGUACGCCCGGCGGACGCUCCUCGUCCUGAAAGCCAAGGGGAUCAAGCAUGAAGUCAUCAACAUCAACCUGAAAAAUAAACCUGAGUGGUUCUUUACAAAGAAUCCUGAGGGUCUGGUGCCGGUACUGGAAACUAGUCAGGGCCAACUGAUCUACGAGUCGUCCAUCACUUGUGAGUACCUGGAUGAAGUAUAUCCGGGCAAGAAGCUGCUGCCAGAUGACCCCUAUGAGAAAGCUUGCCAAAAGAUGGUCUUUGAAUUAUUUUCUCAGGUACCAUCAUUGUUAACAAGCUUUUUGAGAAGAAAAAAUAAGGAAGACUGCUCUGAUCUAAAAGAAGAAAUAUGUAAAAAACUCAGCAAGCUAGAGGAGGUACUUACCAGUAAGAAGACAACUUUCCUGGGUGGCAACAGCGUGUCUAUGAUUGAUUACCUCAUAUGGCCAUGGCUAGAACGGCUGGAAGCACUGGAGCUCACUGGGUGUGUAGACCACACCCCAAAACUGCAGCUCUGGAUGGCAGCCAUGAGUAAGGACCCUGCAGUAUCCGCCCUCGCCUUGGACGUGAACCACGUCAGGGCUUUCCUAGAGCUUUACCUGCAGAACAGCUCCGAGGCCUGUGACUAUGGGCUCUGA